CGAGCCAGAAUCGGCUCCUCCGCAGAGAAAAAUCGAACAACAGCAGCAGAAGCAUGGCAGCCAAGAAAGAUGAACAGCGCGCGGCUCUCGAGGAGCGCAGAUUGAAAGGAGCCUACGAUUUCUUCGACAGUGGAGAGUACAAACGAGCUCUGCAAGAAUGCGAACGUAUCAUAAAGAAGUACGGCAGCAAAAUGGGAGACACGGUGCAUGCGCUGAAAGCGCUCGCGCUCUCGAAACUGGGUCGCUUUCCGGAAGCCGGAUCGGUGCUCGACGCUCUGAUCUCGAACCAACCCACGGAAGAAGCGACGCUGUCGCCCAUGGUCAUGGCUCUACACGAAACCGGGCGUCAAGACGAGGUGGCGCCGUUAUACGAAGCCGCAUGCAGAAAGUGUCCUUCCGAAGAGGUCCACAAUUCUCUAUUCAAGCUGUACGUGCGGGAUGGAGAGCGCACAAAAGCCAAGAACGUUUCUCUACAGCUAUACAAGCUCACCGAUAAACGUACAUACUACUAUACGGCAGUUAUGCUCCAGUACCUGAGCGCUAAGGACGCUUCCGACGAGCGCCAGAAAUCCAUGUGCUACAUCCUGGCGGAAAAGAUGUUGGAUCGACUCAAACCGAAUGUAGAUGCGGAAAUCUUCCUCGAGUACAUGAUUUAUCGAGAUGCGGCCAGAUUCGAACAGGCGUUGGAGAGGCUUAACGACCUGGUCAAGAAACAGCACUUUCCUCCUUUCGAGAAAUUCGUACUCCUGACGAAAAUGCAGGCCUGGCAGGAAGCCGCACGUGAGGCUGAGAGCAUGUUCGAGAAGAGCGAGUGUCUGGAUCAUGUGUGGCUGGAAAAACGCUUCGAGGUGGGCGAGCUCAACGGCGAGCAAAUCCAAGACGUUGCGAACAAGCUGCUUGAUUUCAUUGAUCAAGUUCCAGACCAUGACAAACGGCGUGAGACAAUUCUCAAUAAAAUUUCAAUACUAAAGCGACUGGAGCAGUUCGACAAAGUCGAGAGUCUGCUCGUGACUUUCUACGAGCGUUUCGACGGCAAGAUCUGGUGCACAGUCGAUCUUCUUCAUCAACUCCGGGAGCUGCCAGAGGAGAAGCGGAAAUCAGUGUUCGAAUCGCUUUCGAAAAUUGCCAAAAAAGACUCACUAUCAUGGCAGACCUUAGAAUUUGAAUUCGGUCCAACGAAAUCUGAAGAGGAACAGCUGGAGAUCAUCAGCGAUCUGUGCAAUAAAUACGACCAGGGGCCUGAGCUCGAGAGACAGUCUGACACCAACCCCUUCGAUGGAUAUCUUGAACUUGCGGCUGACAUGGCCGCGGAACUGUUCCUCACUAAAGACAAUGACGAAAUUCUUCUGAAAAUGAUCACGACUCUGCACGCGGCCCAGAAGAAAUCACCGAACGGCUUCAAGUUGAAAUUGCGUCUCCUCUGGUGCUUCUGUGCCAUUAAUGCGGGAGAAGAAGCGCGCUCGAUGAUUUCGUCGUUGAACAUCAAAUAUUUGCAGAUGGAAAGUUUGGGAUAUUUUUUCACACCGUUCCUGGAACGGUCCUCGUUCGCGGUCGCGAGACCGCACUACCGUAACUUCAUCGGGCUCCAUAUGCACUCGCAACGCGAUAUCGCCGACGGCAUCGUCAACUGUUACAAGUACGGCUCUUUCUUCAAGAUCGAGGAAAUGGAAGAGCUCUGGGAACGGCUCGACAAUUCCUACGAGCUGGCGAACGCAAAGGUCAUUUUCAACCUCGACAUGUGCAUCACCAAGAAGCUACAAGUCACAAAAGCUCAAAAAGAAGUCAAAGAAGCCGCCGUGGUUGUGCCUUCGAUUCCUUGGGAUAAAAUCAGGGAGAACUGUGAUAUGAACGUUUUGCCCAAGCGAUACCACUCAAUUUUCCCCAGCCUCGAGAUAAAGAAACCAGAGCUCCGACUGCGAUGGUUGGUGCUGAAUUUUUUGGCGGCCCAGACCGAAAGUCAACCAGCGGCUCGCGCGGAGCUCGAGAGAGAACUCACCCCGGAUCCGUCUCUCAGAGAGGAUCUGAGCAAUGCCUUCGAGUAUUUUGUUUAUCCUCUAAUCGUCGAUGAGGAGAAGCUCGCCGACCGUCUCGACGAAAGGACAGCCAAGAUGCGGGAUUUCGAAUUGAAGUCUCUGAGGAGCUUGCAGAGAUUUAUCAACAUGAUGUCGCAGUACGUUCUCGCGCUUUCCUGUAUUGCGAUCACCGUUCAGAGUGAAGCAGCCAAAAAAGCCGUUCUGGCAGAACUCGAUAAGAUGGAGAAGCUGCCGUUCAAUCUCAGUCAUUUAUUCAACAACGAGGACACCCCAGCUACAAAAGGCCUUCGGGAAAGUUUCGACAACAUGUGGUCGUCGUGUGUAUCCACUUUAGGUCUGGUUGGGACGUUUUUAAAAAGUUGA